CCUGCGGCUACGUCGUACGCAAUCACGUCGCGGUUAUGGGCUCCUGGAUUUAAAAGUGGAGUCGCAAUGUUUUCUUCUCAGUGAAUAGCCUGGCUAGCCAGCUAAGAAGACAUUUGAAACGUCGCCAUCAAGCACUACUUACUGUGUUUUCAGCCACGGGCUGUAUGAUUUUUAAUAGAGGACGUCACUAUGUGUCUUAAAAUCGACCAGUAAUUACUAUGACAACCAAGACAGUAACGUAAGGCACGCUGAGGGGAAAAUGUCACCGUCAAGCUGCUGCUAACUGACAUUAGCUAACGUUCAACUCAGACAUGAACUGGGACAACCAGCUGAGCUCUAUCCUGUCAGUAGCAGAUGGCAGCGUUGCAAAAAUGAGGGAGAGGUUGACUUCACCGGGGAAGUUUGCGAAAGGAGGAGAUGAUUUGUUUCCGGUGAGGGAGAGGAUUCAUGAGUCAGAUCAGGAGCCUCCUGCUCUUCCUCCUCGAGCCCCCCUUCUCCGACAGCCUUCCCCAUCCCUCAGUCCUGGUGUUCAGUGGGCAGACCUGGCUUCUGUCCAGUCACAGCUCCAGAUACAGAGCCAGGCAAUUGAGUCUCUCACCCAGAAACUCCAUGACAUCGAAAGGGAGAGGCAAUCUCAACAGUUACACAUCCAGACACUACAAGACGAGGUGCACAUGCUGAGGGAGAGGGAAAGGGAGAGGGAUGAGUCAAGGCGGGGACAGAGUCCGGGAGCAGAGAGAAGGAUGGAGCAGUGGAAGAGAGAGGUGGGACGUGAGCUCAGCAGUCUGCGCGGACACAUCACCAGAGCCACGUCGCUAGGCAACCUGGAGGAGAGUUUCAGCUCAAAGCUCCGCCGGGAGGAGCUUGAACACCUGCGGAGAGAGGUGGACCAGCUGAAGACACGAUUAAGGAGACAGGAGGAGGACUCGUUCCUCCAGCAGGCAGAGGCCAGAGAGACCAGAAGACAGUACGAGCGCAGCUGCAAGACGCUGGAGGAGCUGACAGACAGCUACAGAACUCACAGCACAGAUCUGGCAAAGACCAUCUCUCAGUAUUCACACACACAAGAGGAGGUCCGCCAGAUCAGAACAAUUGUGACAGAGCUGAAGGAGGAGGUGAGGAGACUUAUUCUACGAGAACACGAACCUACACCUUUGCUCUCAGCGCACACGUCAGGGGCAUCACAGCUCCCUCGCAGCCACAGCAGAGGGGUCAGAGUUGACGAGGAGGACUCUGACUCAGAGGAAUUCAGCCCGACCCCGAGCUUGGCUGAGGUCAGCUCCGAUGAUCUGUCCUGGCUGGAUGACAAAGACUCUGCUCUUCAUCAGAAGCCACGAGUACGUCUGAGCGUUCAGUCCAGACGAAGCGACUUUGCUGGUCCAGCAUCAGAUCUGGAGGAUGACGAUGAUGACAACGAUGAUCUCCUCGAUGAUGACGUGAACCCAGAUUUAGGAUCUGACCUCAGUCUUGAUGAUCUCUAACCUUUUUCAUUAAUGUUACAUUCUGUGAUUUUACUUUCGGAAGAAAGAUUCAGCAACAUAAAGACAUUUCUUUGAGCUUUGCCAAUACACCACCUGAAAUUUAGUAUUACUUUUUAAUUGAUUUGAUAGUUCAGUUUAGAGAAACAGCAAUGUUCUCAAGACCAAAAUAGACAUAGACAGGACACCACAAACAGCCAUAUGGCUUAUUUCCUCUGUGGCCCCAAGGGAAGGGGAAAGGAAACAAAGGACAGCAAAAUAUGGCAACAGAAGCACAUACAUACUGUAUAAUAACAAGUAAUCAAGUACUUCGUAGUAUUAUAACACAGCUGCUCAGAUAUGAUCUGUGACACGUAGAUCAUAACAUUUGAGAAAUGGUGACUAAUCUGGGAAAAACUCAAAAGCAGUUAUUUGUGAGAAUACCAGAAGUAUCGAGGACACGGGACAGAUCGCAGUGUCUAACAGGGUAAGGCUAACAGGGUCAUUUUAAAUGUAUUUUCAACUGCUUGUCUAAAUCUGCUUUUAAACUGCCCGAUCCCAUGUGACACACCCAACAUUAUGCUGUAACAAACCACCAAAGGAUUCAUCUAAUACUGUUUUUUAUGUCUGUCUGUUUGGAAGCUUUGUUUCUCCUCUUAGUGUUAUCUAGAGGACUGCUGAGAACUCUGAUAGCCACAAAUUGUCUUUAAAUAAUCUGCACUAACUGCCUCCACAUGUACAGACUGAUAGGAUGCUGGGAACAAAGCGAGGAAGCCCUUUAAGAAGGUUCUUUUUUUUUUCUUUUUUUUUUUUGAGGGCCUCUCAUCCAGGCGAAACUGGUUUCGUGAUGGUGGAUAGCACGGCUUUGUAGCAUUUCUUUAAGCUGCUUUUCUCGCUGUAGACUUCACUGAUUGAACCUUUUGGACACAAAAUUUUGAAAUCAGUCACCACCAAAUGGAUGUAAGCCUUUCGUUUUUGCCACACCCAUGUUGCGAGUCACUGACAACAAAUUAUGGGUCCUACCAAAGUUAAAGCACAGGAGCAGUGUAAUUGGUCCGCUCAAGCCACAAGGCUUGGUUUCAGGCAGAAGCUUUAAAAAUAGUUAUGUUAAGGUUUGUGAUGAUUACAGAUUGUUGAGGUCGGGUAAAGUUUUGGUACUGUAAAAGUCAGCAGGACAUGACAUUACUACAUUGUUACACCACUGAUCACUGUGCUUUUUCUCAUGCUAUAAUGUCUGUAGUUGAUAUUUUUUAUUACAUUUGCUAUAAAAUAAAUUAUCUCCAUGUAAUUGCACUUUAA